AUGGAAAUAAUACAACAAGGUGUCCAAGCUUCGACCCCCUGGGCAAGACCUUCUGAAUGGGCCCGUUUUGGCUGGACAAAGGAGUGUUCAGAGGCAAUUCAGGAGUCACGGAGACUCUUUCAUUCCUGGCGGGAUAGUCAGCAUGACUCUUUUCAAAAGGAUGAAACCUACAGCAAGGAGUAUCGUGAGUCGCGCUGCGAGGAAGACCAUGCUGCGUACCGUUCUGCACGCAAUUUUAAAGGAAAGGCGAUCGCCAAGGCCUCGCGACAAGGCUUUCGUUCGUGGCUCAAGAAGACCACGGAAGAAGGCCCACGGGGCAUGUGGAAAGUUGGAAAAUGGGCUCGAAACCGCGGCGGAGACGUCUUCGGCGUGAUUCCUGCGUUAAAGACAUCAGAUGAUCAGCUCGCUGAAUCGAACGAAUCAAAAGUGGAAGUUCUACGGAAUGUGUUCUUCCCUGCACCCCCAGCUGCUGAUCUCAGCGAUAUAUCAUAUGAUUCAAUAUAUCACCUGCCCUUUCCCCCUAUCACUGAACAGGAAGUGGGUGAUGUUAUACGCCGUGCGCCGCCUGACAAGGCCCCUGGACCCGAUAUGAUUUCAAAUCGAAUUUGGAAGCUAUUGGUCUCCGGGUGUGACCAAUUUAUCCGAAUUCUCACGUCGAUCUUUGACGCCUGCAUCCGGACCGGCUACAAUCCACGCCACUUCCAAGAAUCAACUACUGUCACACUGCGUAAGGGUGGUCCACGUGACUACCUUAUGCCCAAAUCCUACCGACCGAUAGCCCUAAUGAACACCCUGGGUAAGCUGUUGGAGGCGGUCGUUGCAUCCCGUAUCAGCUAUGCCGUUGAAGAACAUUCGCUGCUUCCGAAGACCCACCUGGGUGGCCGUAAGGGCCUCUGGCAGCCUGGAAGCCUUACGGGGGAUCUCCGCAUCGACCUGGGGGGCCUCGCUAUUAGAUAUGCGCCUGAUCUAUUAGGCUGUUGUGGUCCCGCGGAUGUUACACGGCGUCGCCGCGUGGUUCUGCCCGCCGGCCCGUUUGGUCCCAAAAGUGGAAGAAAAUCAGAUGAUUGCCAUUUUCGUCGGGAUACAACGUCGUGCGGCGAUAUUGAUCGCAGGUGCAUUCAAAUCCAUGUCGGCCGCAGCGCUGAACGUGGAGCUAUAUCUCAUGCUGGUCUACCUGCAGAUGCAGCAGAUCGUUGA